CACACACACACACACACCGAGCACCCACCGGCAGGAAUAUAGAUCGACGUCUAUUGACUGGCACCCAUAUUUGACUUUUUUUUUUUUUUUUUUUUUUGAAGGGGGGAGAGACUAUGUGCCACUUUUUGUGAUCACUGCUCGCUUUUUUCUUUUUAAACAAUGGGAGCACAGAUUGUCAUGCGCAUAAAUCCUUUGUUGUUGUUUUUUUAAAUUUUUUAAAUUUUUUUACAAGGGGGUGGGUUUUUCAUCCUUUUUGAAAAUCCGUUAUCCUAUCAAAGUUUUUAUCAUCAUCAUCAUCAUUUUUUUCUUCUUUUUCCAAUCACCCUCCUUGAUGUGUUUAUUGAUUAGUCGCGCGGCUGCCGCGUGACCCGGAAGUGGAGGAAAACGUGUCCCCAUGACACAAUGCGCGUUGGAUCCAUUUAUGUCACCUUUACGCGUGGAUCCACAAAGCUCGGCGGGAUCCACUAUGUGUCCGUGAAAGACAAAAGGUAUAGCUCGCACUCAACACACCACGUCACCAUUUUACGCACGAGUGGGAAUCCACACCUUCUUUUUAAAGACACUUCCCAUUGUGGACCGCGUGUGCGUCACGCACAUACACGCCUGCUUAUCUGUGUCAUCGGAAGUCGCGCAGUGGGCUGCGCGAUCACGCGAAAAAAAAAAAAAAAUCAUAAAAAAAAAAAAAAAAAAAUAGCAACAAUGCAGCGUUUCCAGGUCGCAUCGAUCGCUUCAAAGCGCGCCUGUGACGAAAAUCCACUUUUUCGUGGCACGCAUGACGUGGAGCAACAAGUUUGCAACGUCGUGCGUAAAUUCCCAUCCGAUCAAAAUCCCCGCGCGUAAUCCGCCGUGGAGAGCAACACCGCCGAGGAGGCACUCUGGAUUAUUACGCACACUUUUGCGAGGACACGCACACGCACCCAGGAGGGGAUGUGAAUGAGUCUCUGUCACCCCACGCAGACUGUUCCAGGGGCCCCCACAUUGUCAACCUGUGCUGGAUUCUGCGACAAAUGUCGAAGAAACGGAAAAGUCUGGACAAGUUGAGUUCGGGGGAGUCUUGCCGUGACCAAGGCCUGACAGAUGAGAAAGUGAAGGCCUACCUCUCUCUGCACCCGCAGAUGCUGGAUGAGUUUGUGUUGGAGAGCGUUAGCGCUGAGACGUUGGACAGAUGGCUGAGGAGGAAGACCAGCAGCAGGCCUGCAGAUGACGCGUCACCUAAGGAAGUCACCAGGCAGUACCAGGAUGCAAACAUGCAGGGCGUGGUGUAUGAACUCAACAGCUACAUGGAGCAACGCCUGGACACUGGAGGAGACAACAAGCUAUUGCUCUAUGAGCUCUGCAACAUCAUUAAAACAGCAACAAAAGCUGAUGGAUUUGCACUUUACUUUUUGGGAGAAUGCAACAAUACUUUAUGUUUGUUCACCCCAACGAUGGCCAAGGGUGGUCCCCCAAGCCUCAUCCCCUCGGGCCCCAUCACAUUUGGAACAACCAUUGCAGCUCAUGUCGCCAAGACUCGCAAAACACUUUUAGUAGAAGACAUCAUUGGGGACGAGCGCUUCCCAGACGGCACAGGGCAAGACUCAGGGAUCCGCGUUCAUUCUGUCUUGUGCCUUCCCAUCCUUACGGCCAUCGGGGACCUCAUUGCAAUCCUGGAGCUGCAACGGCAGUUGGGCAAAGAGCCCUUCAACCUCAGCCACCAGGAGGUUGCAACAGCUAACCUAGCGUGGGCGUCCGUUGCCAUUCAUCAAGUGCAGGUGUGCCGAGGCCUCGCCAAGCAGACCGAGCUAAAUGACUUCCUACUAGAUGUGUCAAAAACAUACUUUGAUAACAUUGUGGCAAUAGAUUCUCUACUUGAACAUAUUAUGAUAUAUGCAAAAAACCUGGUGAAUGCCGACAGGUGUGCACUCUUCCAGGUCGAUCAAAACAACAAAGAACUGUAUUCUGACCUGUUUGAUAUUGGCGAAGAGAAAGAAGGCAAGCCGGUCUUUAGGAAAACCAAAGAAAUUAGGUUUUCUAUAGAGAAAGGAAUAGCUGGCCAAGUGGCUCGGACAGGGGAAGUCUUAAAUAUCCCAGAUGCCUAUGCAGACCCACGGUUCAACCGAGAGGUGGACCUCAAAACCGGCUACACCACGCGAAACAUCCUGUGCAUGCCCAUCGUGAGCAGGGGGACUGUUAUUGGUGUGGUGCAGAUGGUGAACAAGUUAAACGGAAGUGCCUUCACUAAAACGGAUGAGAACAACUUUAAGAUGUUUGCUGUCUUUUGUGCCCUGGCCUUACACUGUGCAAAUAUGUACCACCGAAUUCGUCACUCUGAAUGCAUUUACAGAGUGACAAUGGAAAAACUGUCUUACCACAGCAUCUGCACCUCAGAAGAAUGGAAAACGCUCACUCAGCUCAACCUUCCCACUCCCAUUUAUAAAGAGAUCGAAAUGUUCCACUUUGACAUAAGUCCCUUUGAGGAGAUCUGGCCUGCAGUCUUCAUCUACAUGGUUCACAAUUCCUGUGGAAAGACCAGCUUUGAGCUGGAGAAACUGUGUCGAUUCACCAUGUCCGUUCGCAAGAACUACCGGCGUGUGCCCUACCACAACUGGAAGCAUGCAGUGACUGUGGCCCACUGCAUGUACGCCAUCCUACAGAAAACCUCUGGGGUCUUCACAGAGCUAGAGAAGAAGGGACUGUUGAUAGCAUGCCUGUGCCAUGAUCUGGACCAUCGGGGGUACAGCAACACGUAUCUGCAGAAGUUCGACCACCCGUUGGCUGCUCUAUACUCCACCUCCACUAUGGAGCAGCACCACUUCUCUCAGACUGUCUCCAUUCUGCAGCUGGAAGGGCACAAUAUUUUCUCCAACCUGACUUCCAGCGAGUACGAGCAGGUGCUGGAGAUCAUCCGGAAGGCCAUCAUUGCCACAGACCUGGCCCUUUAUUUCAACAACCACCAGCAGCUGUCAGAGCUUCUCAACUCAGGUGUGCUGGAUCUUAGCAACCACUCGCACAGGGACCGUGUGAUUGGUCUAAUGAUGACAGCAUGUGACCUGUGUUCUGUGACCAAGCAAUGGCAGAUCACGCGACUCACAGCCAACGACAUCUACGCCGAGUUCUGGGCCGAGGGAGAUGAGAUGAAGAAGAUUGGGAUGCAGCCCAUCUCAAUGAUGGACAGAGACAAGAAAGAUGAGGUUCCUCAAGGCCAAGUGGGAUUCUACAACGCUGUAGCAAUUCCAUGUUAUACGACGCUAACAGAGCUUUUCCCUCCAUCCAGUCCACUUCUAAAAGCGUGCAAGGAGAACCUGGGUCAGUGGGAGAAGAUCGCUCAUGGCGAGGUGGAGGAUGUCGUUCCGAGCCGGCCUUCUGAUUCAGGUCCUGUCAAGGUGGACAACUGACUACCAAAGGGUUAGCGGCCCGCCAUAACAAGUACAACCUGAAUCCUGCCACAUGUAGGGAGGUCCUGUUCAAGGUAGCAGGAGCUGGAUCAGCAAAAAGGCGCCUUGACUUUAAACAAAAACACGAUACCUCAAUGGGUGACGGAGGUGUCAACGCUGACGGUUUCGCAGAUCCCAUACACAGACUGACAGCUGAUGGGGGCGGGACUAAAGCCCAUCACCCUACAUUCGCUCUGUUUGGGGAUCUAUUUGGUAGAAUGAUUUGUGCCAUUUUCUGGGUUUUUUUGGCUUUGUUAUUUUAUGUUUUUUGUUUUUUUUAUAUAUUAUUGUUUAAGCUGAUUCGUUUUGGUCUUGCAUUUGAGAGGCCUUACACUGAACCGUUCACAGGCAGGCGACCUGCAACCUUGUUGUGUGGGUUCAGAUCCUUUUUGACAUGGUACUGUUUGCCUUCUGUGGUAAAUGAGUCUUGACUACUUCAGCAAGGUAUUCAGAGACAGAAGGAAUGUGUAGUACUCGCGUGGUGUAACACGCCACCUUAUGGAGAGACGUGUGAGGAGGGGGACGACAGAAUGUUUUUCUUUCUUUUGAGCAAAGAUCUUUUUGCAGUACUUGAAUAAAGACACACAGCCUGGUUGCAGAAACCCCUAACCCCCCCCCCCCCCCCCCCCCCCGCGUCAUACACUUUACGAAACACGGAUGAACUGUGACGACAAAGAGGACUUGAACCCCUACGUCUGCAGCACUGCCCACCACUAGCACUUGGAACCUGCUGCAUAGACAAGCAGUCACUACACUUGUAUGUUUAAGACAGCUUGUCGACAUUUUACAUAAAGAUAACACAUGAUGGAUGGGAAGGAGAUGAGUCUACAAGCAUGACUCCAUGUCCCCAUGAGCUGCAUGUAACUGGGAUUGUGCCACAAAUGUUGUUGCUUGACUUCUUUGCAGUCCCUGAUCCUACAUUUUCUGCAAUUUUCCAAGAUCUUCCUCAACUUGUGUUUUUUUUUUUUUUUUUCUGCCUGAAAUUGUCAUUCCAGAGGACGUGGUCCCUCCGCGUGCGCCAAGUGUGAAUGUUACAUGUCGAUGAAUGUUCUGUUGAUCCGCGAAAAUGUGGCAUGUGCAUCGGUGCCACGCCACUUUCCACAAGAUGUUCUGUGUUACGGAAUUUGCUUCCAGUAAGCUGCAACCAAGAGCAACAAUUAGCAUGCACUUAAACUGUUAAAAAUUUCUAUAUCAUUUGCAUAUAAAGUAAUAGGUGUGUACUGUGUACAAUCUAGGGUAGAUCAUUUGC